AUGUCUGUUGAUCAUACCUUCGAUGGCGUCAAUGCGGAGGCAGCCCUGGAGAUUCUGGAUGCCAAGUGGUAUAGGGAAGUAGCUAAGAGAGGGCGAUGGAUGGACCUCAUUGGCGAUUAUGCGGGCAAUGAACGAUUUGUUCUUGAUGGUGAUGCUCUGCUGCAAGACGUCUUGGAUGACCCGUUAUUGGCCCUUGGCCGCGAACAUGAUCCCAGUUUCCAAAUUCUGCACGCGUUGCAUUCGAUGGAACGAUUGUUGGGCGAGCUUCUCAAGCGUGCUGCCGUGUUUGACGUUGUGGUAUGGGAAGGAGAACUCCAGCCCAUGUUUGUAAUGACGAAUGACGGUGGUAUCGUCCAGACGAAAACUCCAUUAGAGGCAGAGCGCAUCAUAGCGCAGCGUGCAUUCAUAUUCGGACUCCUUACAUCUGGGAUCGCUGUCACUCUUCUCCACGGCAGUGAAUUUCGCGACUCGAAGAUAUUCGCUUUCGUGCUCGAGCAACGGUUCGAUGUUGCCGCAGCGAGAAAGUUCUCGGGAGUCAUACAGACGCCGUUUGAGGCGUCAUCCAGAGCUCUACAAACAGCUGAUUCUCAACGUCGUAGCGUGGCUGGGAUCUCACUGCCGGAUGCUCCUUUAGCCUCAGGAAUCCCCGUUGACUCGGUUCUCACUGAGCUUGUCAAGUUAUUGCUGACCAGUCACGGUCAAGAUUUCACUUCGGAGUUGACGUACCUGUUUGCUCUCCAUUGUCUUCUCGUGACGACCUUAUCCAUAGAUGAGAGGGCUAGGCUGCUUGACGAUCUGCAUCCCGAUCUAAUGAACAUUCUACUCACACACUUUCUUCCCAAAGUUUACAUCACUCUUGAGUCGCUGACAUCAGGCCCUGGCGUGAUCGUCGACUUCGAUGGUCGCGUCUUCGUGAGCCUCGUUAGGUUCAUCAUCACGCAUAACGAUACCUCCAUUGCAAGCCUGCUUGACCCUGAGAUGUUUUCACGAAUGGAGCAAGUCUGGUCAUCUGCACAUGCGCCGCUGAUCCAUCUAUCAAAACUUGCCUCUGAAUUCCCAAACCCAGCCGGAAGCGUUGUUCUCAGUACCGCUACGGACACAAGAUCGAUCACACUCCUGCCUUUCAACAAUCCAGUUUUCGAGUCCGAACUUGCUUCAGUGCACGUUCGAGUGGCAGAUUCGAUCACGGAUCUUCAGACCACCGCACCGGAGUUUAGCCAGGGGACCAUAUUCCCCGACACCAAGCACUGGCACAACCAUAAACGAACGAUUCUGCCCAAGCAUCUUGGUGGCGAUGAGCCAAAGCCAGAUACUGCGCGGCUACGCCAGCGAAAAUUGCGGAACGAACAGUUCUUCAUGGCAUCCCUCCAACGCCUUGCCAAUUCCUUGACUGGGACCGUCGGUAUCCCGAGUACCCCGAAGGCUAUUCUGUCGGUCAAGGUAACAUUGGGUCGUCUCUCGACCAGAGUCGCGGAAAAGCCCGAUCACAAUGGGCAGAGCAAGAAGAAGUUGAAAGCGAAGCCAAUAUCGAAUGCGGAGAAAUACAAGCAGCAAAACUUGAAGGAUAAAAAAUCCAAGGAUGAAAACAAGUUCCAGGUCUGGUGGCACGACCGGCUCGCUGAGAUGUCGAAGAUGGAAAGCAACGAAAAAAGGGCCAAUCAUCUCGCCUUUUUACAGGAUUCCGACCGGUCCAGCAGGUCGAGCGAUCAGGCGUGGCUCACCUUGGAGAUGGACUUGUAUAAUAUCAAUCUCCAACUGCUGCGGUGGAUAGCAGAGCCGGAGCGUGACAGCUCAACCAUCCGCGAUCGGUAUACUGUGAACAUUAUCCGCGUCACCAAGAACCUCUAUGACCGGGAUGAUCUUACGCCCACUGUGCUUGCUAUUCUCGAAUCUGUUCUUAUCGCCUUGGGGUUCUCUGACCAUAUCCCUUCCUUGAGCUCUUCGGCGGUGGAGCGGGCAAAACUUGAGGACGAUCGGCCAUUGACGUUUGACUUUGUGAAGCUGAUCAGGUCGAAGACGAAGAAACCCGUCAAGGACUUCGAGUUCAUGCAUAUCACUGAAGACUCCGUUGCAUGGCAGCUACGUUUGUUUGGCGAGCACAUGGAUAGAAGCAUGGAUAGUUCACCGGACUCCCGUGUCAGUUUCAACCCUGAUGCUUGGCAACGUGAGGUCUUGGACUGUCUUGAUCAGAAAGACUGUUCCGUUCUCGUCGUUGCGCCAACAAGUGCCGGAAAGACGUUUAUAUCGUUCUAUGCUAUGGAACAAAUACUGCGGGACUCUGAUGACGACAUCCUCGUUUAUGUUGCGCCUACGAAGGCCUUGGUCAACCAGGUCGCUGCUGAAGUCUAUGCUCGAUUCAAGAAAGAUGUCCCCGGUCGCACUUGCUGGGCUAUACAUACAAGAGAUUACCGUGUUCACGAUCCUCAGAAAUGCCAGAUCCUCGUCACUGUGCCGGAAAUGCUCGCCAUCAUGUUACUAUCCCCUCCUCUCGCAAAUACGUGGACUCCGCGCAUCAAAAGGAUUAUCCUGGAUGAGAUUCAUUCAAUCGGUCAGCAUGAAGGUGGUGCAGUAUGGGAGCAGAUUAUACUGUUGGCACCUUGCCCCAUCAUCGGCCUUUCUGCGACCAUCGGUGAAGCUGAAAGAUUCAAUACCUGGUUGGAACAUGUCCAACAAGCGAAGGGCUUCCGACACAAAUACAUCCACUAUCCGCAUCGUUAUUCACAUCUCAGAAAGUUCGCCUACUUCCCACAGAUGUCAAACUCCAAAUUGUCUUCCAAGUCCGACUCUGAUCUCGAUAUCGAGAGUCUCGACUUUUCUGACCCAACGAAGGCGCAGACAAUGUCGGCCAAAUUUGCUGGAUUGACAGAGUAUAGAUCGAAAGACCUGAUGAGAUUUAUUCACCCUGUCUCAGCCCUGUCGUUCGGAGCCUCCUCUCUUCCAUCUGACUUUUCGUUGGAGGCCACCGAUCUACUUCGCUUGUAUCAAGCACUGCGCUCUUGCGGUCCAGGUGUCGUUGAAAAUCUGGAGCGCCUUGAACCGAGCACGUUUUUUCCUUCUUCGAUCUUCUUGAAGCAAAAGGAUAUACUGAGGUAUGAAGCCGCAAUGAAGGAAGUGCUAUCAUCUUUGCUCGUGACGUCAGAUAUGGCAUCCAUCUCGUCUCCCUUGAGAAAAAUAGUCGCUCAGGUACAAGACCCCAUCCUGGCCAAAUCAGAUGAGAGCAUUCUGAACACAGCACCAAGGCUUCCACUAUUUCUAGGCGGCUUGGUCCCGCUGCUCGCAGACCUUCACGCUACUAACAACCUGCCGGCUCUGCUGUUCAAUUUUGAUAGAAACAUGUGCGAGAAUAUGGCUGCGGAAGUUCUUCGUACUUUAUUAGAGAGUGAAAAGGCCUGGCGCAAGAACAGCCCCGAGUGGCAGCGCAAAAUAGAUCGUUGGGAAGAGUGGAAAAUUUUACAGCAGGAACGCGCUCGCCAUCCUACAGUCGUACGCAAGAAGGAUGCUGAAGAUAUGAUCAGAACAGAGGAUCACUCCUGGGAGAGUACUUUCGACCCGAGAGAUCCAUCCCCUCAGUUCACAUUCACUGGCCUCUCGAGGUCAUACGGCAAGAGGGAACUCACAGAAGACCUUGAGGACCUAUCUUGGCGAGCACAUCUUCCUGAAUGGGCGAUACCUGCAUUGCGGAGGGGUGUUGGUGUUCAUCAUGCUGGUAUGAAUAAGAAUUACAGGAAUCUCGUCGAGCGAUUAUUCCGUAUUGGCUUUCUGCGAGUGGUCAUCGCGACUGGCACAUUGGCGCUUGGUAUCAACGCCCCCACUAAAACCUCUGUCUUCUGUGGAGAUUCACCAUUCCUUACAGCUCUUAUGUAUCGACAAUGUUCUGGUCGAGCUGGUCGUCGAGGAUUCGAUCUGCUUGGUCGAGUCGUAUUCUACGGGCUGCCAUUGGACCGCAUUCAGCGCUUGAUGCUCUCAAGGCUUCCGGGACUGGCUGGCAGUUUCCCAAUGUCAUCGACACUAUCUCUACGCUUGUUCAGUCUCCUCCAUGGUUCGGACAAUUCGCCUUACGCUGUGGGAGCUAUCAAGAGCAUCCUGCGACUUCCCCAGAUCAGUUUCGGUUCCGAUAUAGGCCAAGAUCAACUCUUGCAUCAUCUUCGAUUCAGCAUAGAGUACCUCCGACGCGCAAACCUCCUCGAUCAAGACGGCAGACCAAUCAACCUCUUCGGCGUUGCAUCCCACCUCUAUUACACAGAGCCGAGCAAUCUUGCCACUGUUGCUCUGCUCCAAAGUGGUGUGAUUCACGAUAUCUGCAGUCAACCUAUUUCGGAAAAAGCUCAGCUGGACUUCCUAAUUGUCGCUUGCCAUCUUUUCGGUCGGAGGUACCUCCCAGAGGCCUAUACCACUCACCAGAACAUUCGCGAGCUCAUUGGAAAGGGACCGUCUCGCGUUGUCCUGCCGCCUAUUCCAGGAACUGCGCGCAAGGUACUAGUUGAUCAUCACGAGGAAAUCGUGAAAGUCUUCACAGCAUACGCAGUCACAUUCGCCAGUCAAUAUGCCAGUACUCUCAAGUCAGAUGACACGCUUCCCUUGAGCGAAAAGUCAUUCGGGCACCGCCAGGAAUCCCAGGAGACGCCCGUGAUCACUUUUUUCAAAGAGACCGCCAUCCGUCCAAUCGCUCGUUCGCCCUUCAUCGCUAAUUCAGGCCACGCCGACAAUUUCCACAGUGUACAAGAGCUUGCAAACACCGUACGAAGAGGGAUCCAUCUGAAUGAGUCAGCUGUCCCAUCGCUCGACCGUAUCAUUGCUGUGCCAGGCGACGCAACAAAGCCUUUCGCCCUCAAUGCCCAUAUUCUGGAUUUCUACUUGCACGGGCAAGUCGAUGCGUUGGUCAGGUAUAAUGGGAUCAGGCGCGGUGAUGUCUGGUAUAUUCUCCAGGAUUUCCACAUGUCCCUCGCUGCCAUCCGUGGCGAUCUGGAAAAUCUGCUUGAAAAUAUGUCUCGGCAGCGGGUAUCCGCGGUCAGUGAAGACGGAGGAGAUGAGAUUGACAGUGGGUAUGGCACGCUGGACCCGGCAGAAGCGGAGGAAAAGCAGGAUGUACAGAACAGCGCAUUACAUGUGUUCCAACGCCCUGCAGGUACGUCGGAUCGUGAUUGGAAGGUCUAUGAAGUGGUGAAUACAGUCACGGAGGAGUUUGGAGCGAAAUUCAAAGCGAUGUGGGCAUAGUCUGUAUGGAGGAUUGCGGUGCAAUUGUACGAACAUUCUUGAAUC